AUGGCGUUCGAGACCGUGGUUCUGUCGGCAAUCGACCCAUUCCAGUGCCGAGAAUUCUCCCUCACCACCGGCACGCUGUCCCAUCCAGCGGGCCACUACCAUCGGCGUCAGGCGCCAACUGAUCCUGCUGUGCCUAGCACACCUUCUUCCUCUUCCACUUCUACAUCCUCCUCUAGCUCUGGAUCUGCUGGAUCCUCCAGCUCUGCAUCCUCCAGCUCCAGCUCCUCUAGCGGCGGAUACUCAACUGCUGGAUUCGGCGCCAGCACCGCCCACAGCGGCGCGGACAUCACCUACAAGGGCAACGUCGGCAACCCAUGGGGCAGCAACAUCAUUGAAGUCUCCUCCGGCUCCGCCGACAGCUACCAGCACGUGCUGGAGAUCUCCGGCCAGAACACGGAGCCCUGGACUGUUGUCUUCUGGAACAAAUACGGUCCGGACGGUCAGAUGACGGGCUGGUACGGCAACAGUGCGCUGACAUUGACCGUCAACUCCGGCGAGACCAAAUAUGUCGCGUUAGCAGAUGAUUCCAACGGUGGGUUCGCUGCCGCGCCGAGCUCCAGUGGGAUCCCCACCGACAAUGCAGGCGGAUAUGCAUCCACCUGGGGUGAGUUCGACUUCAGCAGUGCGGGUAAUGCCGGCUGGUCGGGCUUUGAUGUCUCUGCUAUUGCGGCGCAGAAUGCAGGCUUGCCUGUUCAGGGUAUGAAGAUCUGUGAUGCUGCCAGUGGGACUUGCUCAUCUAUCACCAAGGAUGCUGCCACUGUGGAUAAUGCUUAUACCUCGGCCGAGACGGAUAUCGGAGGUAUUGGUGGGAAUAUCGCAGGCGGUGGCCAGGUUAAGUUGGCUGUUACUCUGGAUUAUAGCGCGUGA